AUGACCCCAGGGGUCGACGAGUGGAGUCGUGACCCCACCGAAGAUGAUGAAGAUGAUGAUGACGAGAUUGUAUACGACGACGACGAAGAUGAAUUUGGGCUUCCUAGCCUGGCUAGUAUGAGAAGAAAACGGUCCGCGCAGUUAAAACCGGAUAACCUGGAUACUGGUGGUGGGACUGGAGGCAAUCUAUCAACGCUUGGAUAUGGGUUGGCCUCGAAUAACAGAAGCCGGGCGGACAGUGCAGACAUUGCGGAAGAACGUGGUGCGCCAAUGUAUCCAACCGCGCGAAAGGGAGAGGGCAAGAUCCUCCGGCCUCAAUACAAAGACAUCUUGCAAGAUCCUGCCAAUGCGUUGAACCUCAUUAAUCACUCUCCGCCACCCACAAAUGCAUCGCCGAAAGAGAGAGACAUCCACUCUAGUCGCCUUACACGAAUCAACAAGUUCAAGCGCAUUCUGCAGGCAAGCACGGUAUCCCCCACUGAACUGCGGAAUCUCGCUUGGUCAGGCGUUCCGGAAGAAGUGCGGCCAAUGACUUGGCAACUUCUGCUGGGAUAUCUCCCUACAAACAGCGAGCGUCGUAUCUCCACGCUAGAGCGGAAGCGCAAGGAAUACCUUGAUGGAGUCCGGCAAGCCUUUGAACGAGGCAGUGGAGCAAGCUCCACAAAACCGCCCGAUUCGACGAAGGGUCGCGGCAGAGGACUGGAUGAAGCAGUCUGGCAUCAAAUCAGUAUCGAUGUCCCGCGCACCAGUCCUCACAUUCCGUUGUAUGGAUAUGAAGCCACUCAGCGGUCCUUGGAACGCAUCCUCUACGUCUGGGCUAUUCGUCACCCGGCAAGCGGCUACGUCCAAGGUAUUAACGACCUGGUAACACCAUUCUGGCAGGUCUUCUUAGGUGUUUACAUUACCGAUCUGAAUAUUGAACAAGGCAUGGAUCCCGGCCAGUUACCCCGAAGCGUGCUGGACGCGGUAGAAGCCGACACUUUCUGGUGUCUUACAAAGCUUUUGGAUGGUAUCCAGGACAACUACAUAUAUGCUCAACCCGGUAUUCAUCGACAGGUCAGGGCGCUACGGGACUUGACAAUGCGCAUCGACUCGACACUCGCCAAGCACUUAGAGCAAGAGGGUGUGGAAUUUAUGCAAUUUAGUUUCCGAUGGAUGAACUGCUUGCUCAUGCGGGAAAUGAACAUCAAAAAUACGAUACGCAUGUGGGAUACUUAUAUGGCCGAGGAGCAGGGCUUCUCUCGAUUCCACCUUUAUGUUUGCGCCGCAUUCUUGGUCAAGUGGACGGAUCAAUUGGUCAAGAUGGAUUUCCAGGAGGUUAUGAUGUUCCUCCAAGCAUUGCCUACGAAGGACUGGACCGAGAAAGACAUUGAGCUCUUACUCAGCGAGGCAUUCAUCUGGCAGAGUCUGUUCCAGGACUCGCGCGCUCAUCUUCGGCCUGCUGGGGAUGUUCCUCCUGAAAAUGGUAUCUUUUAUUGA